CACCACCAUCGACCACCACCUCAACCCGAAGCGCUGCAUGGCGAAUACUGAAGCCAUCGAACGACCAAUUGGAUGAACACUAGUUUCGAAAAGCCAUGAUAACCCAAUAGUCCAACAUCCCUUGAACCCAACCCACCCCAACCCGCCACCACAACCACCACAACAACCACCAAGAUGGCGUCUCACCUCCCCGAGCCCGACCUGUCGACCCUGACAUCCUCGUCGCAGAUCUUCUCCGCCGCAGCGGGCUCCCCGUCCUACACCCUCCCGCAGAUCCGCAGCCUGCACAAGCACAUCCACGUCGCCAUCGACGACAAGCAGGCCCGCCUGCGCACCCAGGUCGGCGGCAGCUACCGCGAGCUGCUGGGCACCGCCGACGCCAUCGUGCGCAUGCGCGCCGAGGUCGACGAGGCCCAGGCCGUCCUGGGCCGCAUGGGCGCCCGCUGCGGCCGCGCCGUCGUCGGCGCCAAGGUCGCCGGCCUGGGGCGCUUCGCCGCCGAGCGGGACGGCGUCUACGAGGACCGCUUUGGGAGGCGGAGCUCUGGUGAUGCUGCGCGGGCCAAGAUACUGGCUGGGUGUGUCCUCGUCCUGGGUGGUCUGCUGCAGCAGGAGCGUGCUGGGCUGCAGGAUGGGGGUCGGCUUGUCACCGCGACCAAGGUCCUGGUGCUGGGCAGCUUGCUGGUCAGGAGCUUUGAGGAUGAGAAGCCUGGCGUUGAGGUCAAGGGCUCGCUUGCAGCUUCCACCAAGAGCUUGGAGAAACUGAAGAGGAGGCUGUUGCGGAGCAUCGACAGGGUGCUGGAGACGGUCGGCGACAACACCAGCAGGGACCUCCUCCUCAAGGCCCUCUGCGCACACAGCCUGGCAACUGGGACCGGUACACGGGACGUCAUCCGCCACUUCCUUGACGUCCGAGGCAGCGCGAUGGCUUCGGUGUUUGACGUUGAAGAGCACCGCAGUUCUCUGGAUGUCAUGAAGGGCCUCGAGCUCUACACCAAGACAAUCCUCGACGUCCAGUACCUAGUUCCCAACAGACUCACCGAGGUCUUGUCGUCGCUCAAGAAGGAGACACUACUAUCCGACACAUCGCUCCGCGGCCUAGAAAGCCUGAGGCUGGACAUCUGCGAGCGGUGGUGCGGCGACGAAAUCACCGACUACAAGCCAUCAAUGCGCCAUGACGACCUCGACGGCAAGCAAGCCGUCGAAAUGCUGACAAGGUGGAGCGCAAAGGGCAGCGAGGUGCUCCUCCAGGGCCUGGAGAAGACGCUCGAGCGCACGACCGAGUUCAAGGCCAUCACGGAGCUGCGGACCGAGGUGCUGCAGCUGUGGAUCCGCGACGGCGGCAAGGCGCGCGGGUCAGACCCGUCCGUGAUGCUGGGCAGGCUGCGCGAGACCAUCAACGCGCACGUGGCGGGCGUGCUGGACGGCAAGGUGCACAAGCUGCGGCUGGUGGGGUCCGAGGUGGCCGCGACGCUGGACGUGUGGCGCUCCGGCGUCACGGACGCCCAGCCCAGCCUGUGGGAAACGGGCUCGCUCGACAUGGAGCUGCACCACGGCGCGGGGCCCUUUGCCCUCGACGUCGUCAACCGGCUGUACGGGCGCAGCGACGCCGUCGCCAGGGCCGUGACGGGCUACAAGUCGUGGGCGCAGGUCAUCGACGACGUCGAGGCGGUGGUCGAGCAGCUCAAGAGGCAGAGGUGGGACAACGACGUCGACGAGGUCGAGGACGAGGAGACCAUCGACCAGCGGCAGCAGGCGCUGAGCAGGGACGACCCGGCCAGGCUGCAGGAGAGGCUGCACGGCGCCCUGGAGAAGGCGUUCCGGGACCUCGACGGGCACCUGGCGGGGCUGUGGGGCGCCAACAGGGAGGGCGAGAACGCCGGCAGGGUCGCCAUGUACCUCCUGCGGAUCCUCAGGGACGUCCGGGCCCGGCUGCCGAAGCUCGAGUCCGUCAGGGGCUUCGGCCUGGGCAUGGUCCCGUCCCUCCAGGAGGCUGCCGCCGCCGCCGUCGCCGCGGCGCCGGUCGAGAACUUCGCGGGCGGCGCGCUGGCGGAGAGGAAGGUCGUCGGCCGGAGCCUGUGGGAGGGCGACCCGGAGCUGCCGACCUCGCCGUCGCCCGGCGUCUUCAGGCUGCUGCGCGACCUGACGGUGGCCAUGGGCGAUGCCGGCACGGACCUGUGGAGCCCCGCGGCCGUCGCGGCGCUGAGGAGGCAUGUGAGCAGGGAGCUCUCUGAGAAGUGGUCGGCGGCCUUGGACGCGCAUCUUGCUGGGGGCGAAGCUAAGCCUGGGGGUGAGAAGCCUACAGCUGGGGUUGGCGACGGCAGGGCUGAGGAUGAAGUCAAGGCAGACGGACCUGAGGAGCCAGAGGACAGGGCUGAGGACGCAACAAAGCCUGCAGGGUCUGCCGCGGAAAGUCAAACUGGGAAGCAAGAUGGAGAGGAAGCAGUUCACGACACAGCGACGGAUGAAAAGCCCGAGGCCAAGACAGAAGCGACGGAAGAGACAGCCACAGAAAACGAGGCGGAAGCGGCCGCAGACUCAGCAGCUGCCGAGAAGCUACGGCGGGACGUGCUGGUACAGUGGCUCUUUGACAUUGCCGUGUUGAGGUUGUCUGUAAGCACGGCAGAGACCCCAGACGAGUUCAAGAAGCUGGAGGAAGCCGUCUGGAAGAAGACGGGCCUCGAGGGCACAUCUGCACAGCAACGGCUGGGCAAGGCAUCUCAGGAGUACUGGAAGAGGACGAGCUUGUUGUUCGGCCCGCUCAGCUAA